CUGGUUUCUACAGGUGUAACUCCAUGACAUCAGACUAGGAAGGGAGGAGUCAGCAGGUGUUUCAUUGGUUUGUUACAGAAUCCCAGAGGAAGCCAGAAAGAAGCAUAACAGCAGAAUCUGCAUUUCAGUACACCUGUUUUAAAGUGAAGAGACACUGGGUCGUUUAGGUUACGAAUCUCUCUAACUAAGGACUGCAUAGGGAGAAGGAUCCCUUCUCGCCCUCCCUGUAGCCAGCAUGGGCAAAAAGGAAAAUAGCUCUGAGCCAUAUGGUGAACCUUCAAAAUAUGAUCCCGCUUUCAAUGGACCCAUCAGAAACCGGAGCUGCACAGAUAUCAUUUGCUGUGUCCUUUUCUUGGUCUUCAUUGCUGGCUACAUGAUAGUAGGGAUUUUAGCUUGGCUUUAUGGAGAUCCCCGACAAGUCAUCUAUCCAAGGAAUUCUACUGGCUCAUAUUGUGGGUUUGGUCCAAAUCAAGACAAACCAUUUGUCUUGUACUUUGAUAUCAUGAAAUGCAUAAAUGUCCCAAACUCCAUGGCUGCUGCUCUAAAUGGAUUGCAAUGUCCAACGACUCAGAUCUGCGUGGCACAGUGCCCCACAGCCUACAAAGAGUGGAUAACAUGCACAAGCCGUACUUGUCUUGAUCAAAACUUUUGUGUUCCUUCCAUUAACUUGAAUACAACAACUCUGGUGUUAGCUGAUAUAUGCAGCAAACAUAUCUUGAAGGGUCUUUUUCCUUCUUCAUCAUCAUCUUCUUCAGGGGCUCAAACUCCCAGUAAACCUAAAUCUGGUUCUUCAGAGCAUAGAAAUUGCUCUUCACCGAAGUCCCCUUGGACUUUGUUGGAGCCGCCUCCAAAAAUUUUAAAAUUGGAUCUGACGUCUUCUGACUUGAGGACUCCACGUGAAAUCUUGCAGAAGGAAUAUUGCCCAACGUAUACAAUUCCUUCAACUCCAUUUUUAAAUCGAUGCUUUUUAAGUGUCAACUUUACACUGCCCAAUGAUGUCCAUAUUCCUGAACUUAGCAACAUAAGUGUCAAGAAUGCUACAGGUGACAUUCUGAAUGGUUUCAAUUUUCAGGACAUCGGAGUGAGGAUUUUCCAGGAUUUUGCGAAGUCUUGGUAUUGGAUACUUAUAGGACUGGUCAUUGCCAUGAUUGUGAGUUUGCUAUUUCUGCUGCUUCUCCGAUUCAUAGCAGGCAUCCUCAUCUGGAUCCUAAUAAUUGGCGUCAUUGGUGUUACUGGAUAUGGUAUUUGGCACUGCUACUGGGAGUAUGAUAACUACAACAAGAAGGGUGCAACAAUCAACAACAUCGGUUUCACCACAAACUUUUCUGCAUAUGUUCAAGUCAAGGAGACCUGGUUAGCCAUCUUUAUCAUUCUGAUCAUAGUGGAAGUUAUUAUCCUGUUGGUGCUCAUCUUCCUGCGGACAAGGAUUCUCAUUGCUAUUGCACUCAUCAAAGAGGCAAGCAGGGCUGUUGGAUACAUCAUGAGCUCACUUCUGUACCCUUUGGUGACCUUUGUACUCCUGCUGGUUUGUGUGGCAUACUGGGGGAUUACUGCACUUUACCUUGCCACUUCAGGAGAACCUCUCUAUACUGUCAUGACAACAAACUCAUCUGCCCCUAACUGCAAUAAUUUCAGCAGUACCCAAUUUUGCAGCCCUUUGAAUUUCAAUGCAUCGAAUUACAGCUGCCAGUAUGUGCAGUGUGCGUUUUACAAGUACAAUAAUGAGGGGCUGUAUCAGCGUAACAUUUUCAACCUGCAGCUCUACAAUGUUGUGGGCUUCUUGUGGUGUAUGAACUUUGUCAUUGCGUUGGGUCAGUGCACUUUGGCAGGAGCCUUUGCUUCCUACUACUGGGCAUUUGAUAAGCCUCGUGAUAUUCCAAGUUUCCCUGUGACUGCUGCCUUUAUGAGGAGUCUCAGAUUGCGGUACAUUGGGGAUUGGAAAAUUUACCCUUAUACCACUGUAGUGCGAUCUCGGAACUUGUAUAUAAAAUUUACAGGGGGUGUGGGGGAUGCUCAAAAUCCAUGCACCAAGUUCCUCCUGUGUUGUCUUAAAUGCUGCUUCUGGUGCUUAGAAAAAUUUAUCAAAUUCCUUAAUCGAAAUGCCUACAUCAUGAUUGCAAUAUAUGGUAAAAACUUCUGCGUUUCUGCCAUGAAUGCUUUCAAACUACUGAUGAGAAAUAUUGUCAGAGUGGUAGUGCUGGAUAAGGUGACAGACCUGCUGCUUUUCUUUGGGAAGUUGCUGGUGGUGGGAGGUGUAGGUGUGUUAGCAUUCUUCUUCUUCAGUGGCCGCAUUUCCAUUCCUGAUCCACAGUUUCAGUCUCCAGUUCUCAAUUAUUACUGGAUACCCAUCUUGACUCUUGUUGUUGGGUCUUACAUGAUUGCUCAAGGUUUCUUCAGUGUUUACAACAUGUGCGUGGACACCCUGUUCCUGUGUUUCUUGGAAGACCUGGAAAGGAAUGAUGGAUCAGCUGAGAAGCCAUACUUCAUGUCUAAAUCUCUAAUGAAAAUAUUAAAUAAGAAGAACAAGAAGCCUAAAGAAGAGAAAUAGUCUAUCGUCAUCUCUGAAUCUGUCCUCUCAUAAAUACACUCUACAAAACAAACAAUUAAUUUACAAAAUGCCGCUGUAUUAAAUUUUAUAAAAUGCAAGUCCUACUCUCUUAAAAAAUUCAACCAGCAAGUUUUAAUGUUUUUAUUACUAUUGCCUCUAAUGUUAUUUCAGAGCAUCUACACUUGCAAGUAUGCCAUAUCAUUCAAAAUUUAGAAAAACAAGGAUGUGCACAUACAGUGUAGAGGCAUUUGAUUAAAUUUUAAAACAUGUAGAGACUUAUUUUGAAUGUAUUAUAAAUCAGAUUAUUAAUUGUUUAUAGAGUUAUUGAACUACACUUUUUGGAUGCAAAACUCUGAUGUACCAGGGAACUCAACAUUCAUGACAGGCAAGUUGACUAUUUAUGCUAGUCUUGAGACUGUUGAUUUUCUGUAGCACUGCUGCAAACUAACAGCCUUUCAAAAACCAUUACCUCUUCAUGUUCCAUGUGUGUCUGAGACAGUAGUCUGCACCAGUCUGGAAAAAAAGAAUGGAGUUUAACUAUUCUUUAUAUGCCACCUGGCUCAUUUUAGUUUUAUUUUCCAUUAUGAAAUAUGCUCCUGUUGAGAGAGCAAGAUGUUUGUUCUUACUGCUGUUCUAGACCAAUCAGCUCUGUAUCAGGAUGAUGCUGGCUAAAACACUAGCAGUACCAAAGGGCCAGCUGUGAAAAUUAGAAGUAAUUCAAAUACUUUUGCAUGGGUGGAGGUUAAGAACCUUGGGAAGGAACAAUAAAAGAGCAUACUGAAAAAAUGGCAUCUGCCUUACUCAGAUGGAAUAUCCACAUCCUUUGUCAUGUCCAUUGUUUCUAUGUAUUUGUUGGACAAAAUUGCAGUCUGUUAAAUUUAUGAGGUAGUACUUACUUAACUGCAGGUCAGAUUAAGUCUAAAUGCACUUCACUUUCCACGAUUCCUUGCUAUGGUGGACUCCGCCGGCACCUCCUGUUACCGCUGGUCGGUAAAUCCUAAAAAGUCUCACUCAUAACCCAAGCACUACAAGUACUGCAUGCAGAUAUUUGCUUCAGCUUGUUUUUGUGGUAGAGGUUUAUAUGAGCCUAUCUAGUUGUUUCAGUUACCAGAAAACUAGUAAAGCAAAUGGUUUAGGAAUGACAGCGUUCACUCAGCAUAAUUUUAUAGUGCAUUUUACUUAGAACAGAAGACAAAUCCUAUAAAUUUGUGCUACAACCUCUGCUACCAAAAAAGGGAUAUCAAGGACUGUGUAGGUACAUAGUCCUCAUAAAGGUUUUCUACUUUGUUACUCUGUAAUGCAGGGACUGAGGAUUUGUGCAUAUUUCUCAGCAGUUGAGCUGUAACUUUUAUUUUCCAGUCUGUAACAAAGUUCCAGCAAUCUCUUAAGUGAUUUGCUGUAGUUUUACACACAAAACCAUUUUCUAAGUAGAAGUGGUGGGGGUGGACAGGUGGCUGCUUACAUUUUCUUGAAUACACUUGGUACACUGCAAAUUAUAUGCAUCUGUUAUUUUCGCUUAGUGGUAAAAUAACUACAGCUCUCACAUUAUGCCUGCGAUUUAAGAUCAAUUACAAUGGCAAAGACAUUAAUGCAGAUGUGCAGUAGAUAAUACCGGGGAGUAAGGUGGGUAGUUUGGAACUUUGAUACCCAUGUCACUCCAAAGAGACAGUGCUGAUACAUUGCACUACAAAAUGGCCUGAGGUCAUUCAUUCUGAGAAAGUUUGCUAAAAAGGAAUGUGGCCUAGUUAUGUAUGAGUGAGACAUGGUUGGCCAGUUCUCUGAAAAAAAACAUAAGAAUGUAGGUAAAAGUGUUUCUUCUUUAUAAACUGCAAAGCUGAGAGUAACGGGGCACACACAAACAUUUGUUUUUAUUCCAGCCUCAUCUGCUUCAGGAUUGACUAAGUAUAUGCCUCCGAGUGUGCACGUCUGCCCAAAAUUAAAAUUAGUGCAGCAGACUGUAUCCAGUUUCUUUGAGAUUAAAGACAAAACACCAGCUACAGACUAAAAUAUAGAGAUCAAAGCCUGUAGUAGAUAACUGCUCCAAAAUAAAAUACAAAAUCCACUGCGCAGAGGAUAAUAAUAGAAAAUAAGCAGUUUAUUUAUUGUUUUUGUCUUACUUUACAAGACUUCAUUAGAAUACAUACACAAUUAACAUGCAAACGUUUAUACCAUACAUCUAAUACUGUCACACUUUCCAUUGCCUAACUUACAAUUCAACAUAAUUUAUUAAACAUGUUUUUUUCAUUUUUAAAGCUGUUUAACACUAAUUGUUUAAUUUAAACCAGGUAACAUUCUGGCCAUCAACCUGAUUUGCCAUUCUAGUUGUUUUCCAACAAGAUAUUUAUAUAUACCUCAUUGGAGAACAAGAAGAUGGAGUGGCAGAUGGGGAACAAUUAGUGUUAAAACACUUUUAACAAUAAAAAGGAAUCUUAAUACAUUAUGUUGAAUGGUUAUUUGGGGAAUGUUUAGUUAGGUAAUAGAAAGCAUAUUAUUUAUUAUUGUAUGGUAUCAAUGUUUGAGUGAUACAUUUAUAUAUGUAAACUGAAGAAACCUUGCAAAAUAAGGAGACAGAAGCACUAAAUAAUCAACUUGGUUUCUAUUAUUUUCCUGAAUAUGGUGGAUUUUAUUUUAUCUUAUGCAGACUGCCACACUGUCAUGUACUGGGCUCACAGAACAGUAGCUUAUUGCACCCUGUAAUGGCUAAGUGAUCACUUUUGUAUUAGUCUUCAUUGAGUGGACACAGUUUUGUGGGCAGGAUUUUGUUUUUGUAUUUCAAGCCCCAUUUGGGGAGAUAAAAUGGUAACCAAAUAAAUCUGCACUAGUGGAACAUACCUCAGAAGUCAAAAAGCAGUAAGGCAAUAUAAAAUGGGUUAAUUUUUUCUCCAAAUACAAAAACAAUGAACUCAUUUCAGUUUUGACCGAUGCUAACAUUUAAGGCUGAAUGGAACUUUCCUCAGGAAUUAAUAUGAUCAGAAAUUAAUCUGUAACUAGUUAAGAGUUCCUAAGCAACUAACAUGUAAAGUAUGUAUCUGUUCCUCUGUGAAUCUGUCAUUUUAAAAGCAAAGUAGUGAAGAUUUUGGGACUGCUAACUCAGUACAACAAAUCUCAGUGGUAUGUAGAUCUCUACACUUUGUUUUAUCAGAAAGCACAGGAGCUAUUUCCAUACCUUUAAUCACUCUUUUAAAUGACACAGACCCCCCUCCAAGCAUGCAUGCAUGCACGCACACACACACCAUGCUAAUGUUUUCAUACAGUCUGCCAUUGAAUCAUUCAAAAACAUGGUUAUAGUAUUUCUCACACCAAACUUCUGUUAUUAAUCCUGUUCAGCAAAU